CUAUUUACCUACCUACUUAUUUACCUUCAUAUCCAACAACAGCCUCACUUGGACCCAACCAAGUUCACCUCCAUUCACCUACCUCCUAUUCAUUGACUGCUAAACACCACACUGUCGUCUUUAUACACUCCAUCUACACAGCAGUCCACCAUGCUUCGCCGUCUCCUGAUAUCCCGCCCCGGGCACAUCUACCUGGCAACAUACUCUUCCUCCUCCUCCUCCACCAUCCCCAAAAUCACACUCGACCUCGACCUCCCCUUUGCCGGCAAUCCCUCCUGGCUCGCCAUCUCCCCCACAGACCCCAGCCUCCUCUACGCAGUCAACGAAAGCGGCUCAUCCCUGCACCUCUUCGAACUGGACCUCAAGGCCAGCAAGCUGACGCAAAUCGCCCAGCGCGACAACGCCAGCGAGGGCGUCUGCCACCUGGAAUUCAACAAGCAGGGCACCCUCCUCCUCGGGUCCUCGUACGCGCAAGGCGCCAUUGACAUUUGGAACACGGAGGACCCGCGCGAGCCGCGGCUGGUGACGACGCUGCCGUCAAAGGAUCCCGUCGUCGACGCGGGCAGGGCGCCGCAUGCGCACCAGGCGGUGGUUGAUCCGACGGGGCGCUUCUUUGUCGUGAAUGACUUGGGAACGGAUUCGAUGCUCGUCCUGGACGCGCUGAGGCCGCAUGUUCCCGUUGUGCGGAGGGUGACGGUCGAGACUGGGUCCGGGCCGAGGCAUGGCGUGUUUUAUCCUGGUGCUCAGGAGGGCGAGGAAGUGGAGGGGGGCAAGCCGGCGACGCAUUACUUUUUGCUGUGCGAAACGAGUAAUCGCGUGGAGGUCUUUGCGUUGAAGUACAGGGAGGGGGAUAUCGACUUUACGCCCCAGGGAGGCUAUUCUACGUUUGUGAGUGAUGACGGGGAUGGGAAUGCAACGGGGGACGAGGGCGUGCCGAAGAGGGGUGCGUUUGCGGCGGCGGGGGAGAUUGUGCUUUCAAGGGAUAGCAGGCAUCUUUACACGUCGAAUCGGCUGACGACGGACCCGACGGAGACGAUUGCUCAUUUCCGGGUCAUUACGACGGAGGAUGAUGAGGAUGAUGAUGGUGGCGAAGAAGGAAAAGGACUGAAGCUGGAGCUGGUGGGGGAGACGUCGACGAGGGGGAAGCACCCGCGGAUGUUUAGCCUGAGCAAGGAUGGGAGCGAGCUGUUUGUGGGCAACGAGGAGGGCGAGUGGGCGGUUGUGGUGUUGCGGAGGAGGGAGGAUGGGACGUUGGAGGAGGAGCCUGUGGCGGGGAUUCUGAUGGAGGAUGUUGUCAAGGGCGGUGAUGAUGAGAAGGGGCCCAUGUUUGUGCUGGAGGUGGAGUGA